AUGUUAAAAUCUCUUGCUAAAUUAGCGUUGUCCACGAACAAUCUUGUCGGUGCAAUCCCUAAUUCUAUAUGCAACCUGAGCAACCUAAACAUUUUAUAUCUUGAAAGGAAUCAACUCUCUGGUACCAUUCCUGAAGAAAUCGGAAUGCUAAAGUCUCUUACUAGCCUUACUUUCGCCUCUAACAAUCUCACUGGUCUAAUCCCAACAUCUAUAAGUAAUCUCAGCAGCCUAAACAUUUUAUAUCUCCAUGAAAAUCAACUCUCUGGUACAGUUCCUCAAGAAAUCGGAAGCUUAAGGUCCAUUACUAACAUAUCAUUGUAUAGGAACAAGCUCACGGGUUCAAUACCUAUUUCAUUGUGCAACUCCACUAACUUAAGCGAGUUACUUCUUUUUCAAAAUUAUCUCUCUGGUACCAUUCCUCAAGAUAUCGGGAGGCUGAGGUCUCUUAAUGUACUUCAAUUGUCCAAAAACAGCCUCAGUGGUCCAAUUCCUACUUCUGUAUGUAAUCUGAGCAACGUAUACCUUUUCUUUGCUUACGAAAAUCAACUUUCUGGUAGCAUCCCUCAAGAAAUUGGAAGGCUGAAAUCUCUUACUGACUUCGUAUUGCAUUAUAACAACCUCGUUGGCCCGAUCCCCAACUCUAUAUGUAACUUGAGCAAACUAAACAGACUUAUCCUUGUCGGGAAUCAACUUUCUGGUAGCAUUCCUCAAGAAUUAGGGAGGCUGAGGUCUCUUCUUGACUUAAGGUUGUAUGCAAAUAAUCUAGUUGGUUCAAUCCCUACUUCUUUAUGUAAUUCGACAAAUGGAAUGGUAUCCAACUUGGAGCGUCUCGACUUAUCAGACAAUAAGCUUACCGGACCGAUCCCCACACAACUUGGAGAUUGUUCAAACUUAUUCUUUUUGAACUUGAGUAGGAACAGUUUUAAUGAAAGUAUUCCAUCUCAGAUUGGAACCUUAAGUUCGUUGUCACUCUUGUUGGAUCUUAGUCAAAAUGAGCUAACCGGAAAGAUACCGUCUGAUCUGGGGAAUUUGAACAAACUGGAAAGCUUGAAUUUGUCUCAUAAUAAGCUUUCUGGUUUAAUCCCACCUUCAUUUGAUAAAAUGGUUAGCUUGACCACCGUUGAUAUUUCUUAUAAUGAAUUGACUGGUCCCAUUCCAAACAUCAAGGCCUUUGAGGAUGCUCCUUUCGAUGCACUGAAGAACAACAAAGGCUUAUGUGGCAGUCACUCUGGAGCUCUUCCACCAUGUCAUUCCUUGGUUACAAAUACAAGAAAAAUGGCAAAAGCUAAACUGGUGGUGAUGGUCCUAGUUCCUCUGUUUGGUUCGUUGUUUCUUUUGUUCGUAGUUCUCGCUAUUCUUUUCGGCUUUCGAAAAAGAUUAGGUAGAAAUGGCAAGCAGGUGGAUCAAACUAAAGCCCAGGAUACCAGGAAGAAUUUAUUCUCAAUAUGGAAUUUUGAUGGGAAACUAGCCUUUGAAGAUAUAAUUGAAGCAACGGAAGAUUUUGACACCAAAUACUGCAUUGGAACGGGAGGGUAUGGUAGUGUUUACAAAGCAGAGCUACCAACACGCCAGAUCGUUGCUGUGAAGAAACUGCACUCAUCAGACGAAGAUUCGGAAAUGGUUAAUUUAAAAUCUUUUGAAAGUGAAGUUCAUGCAUUGACGGAAAUUCGGCAUCGGAACAUCGUGAAGCUCUUCGGGUUCUGUUCUAAUCCAGAACGAAAAAUCUCAUUUUUGGUUUACGAGUUUGUAGAGAGGGGAAGUUUGAAAAUGAUUUUAUGUGACGGGGAACAAGCAGUGAAGUUUGAUUGGCUAAAGAGGAUAAGGUUCAUCAAGGGAACAGCUAAUGCUAUUGCGUACAUGCACCAUGAUUGCGUACCAGCGCUAGUUCAUAGGGACAUAUCUAGUAACAAUGUUUUGUUGGAUGCUGAGUACGAAGCUCGAGUUUCUGAUUUUGGUACUGCUAGGAUGUUGAAGCCAGAUUCAUCCAAUUGGACUUCACUAGCUGGAACAGAUGGAUAUGUUGCUCCAGAGCUCGCAUACACAAUGAAGGUAACAGAAAAAUGUGAUGUUUAUAGCUUUGGUAUUGUCCUGUUAGAAGUGCUAAUGGGGAGGCAUCCAUCUGAAAUCGUCAUGCUACUCUCUCAUAUUCUUGUUCAAUCAUCGUGUUCGUCUCCGACUUCAAGUACUGUGGGGCAAAACAUGAGGUUGCAAGACAUUUUAGACCCAUGCAUUGGAGCACCAACGGGUGUUGCAAAAACAGAAAUAAUGUACUUCAUGAAGGUUGGAUUCUCAUGCAUAAGAGGCGAUCCAUGUACUCGACCAACUAUGCAAGAAGCAUCGGUCGAGCUCUCAGUAUCAGCUCGGAGUAGGCCAUCUUUUGGGAAGCCCUUUGAAACCAUUACACUGGGAGACAUACUACUAAUGGGGCAUUCCUAA